AUGACUUCCCAUGCAACAUUGGAGGUCUUGGGAAUGACCUGUGCUGCAUGUUCAGCUUCUGUUACCGAAGCUCUACAGAAGGUCUCCAAUGUCUCACUGGCCACUGUCUCCCUCUUAACCAACGAGGCCAGCGUCACAUUCCUGGCACCAACGACGCCACAAAUGCUUGUUGAUGCUAUUGAUGACUGUGGCUUUGAUUCCCUGGUUGUCUCAUGCACUCAGGAGGCCGUCUCCAAGACUAUAGUCUCCAUCUCCGGGAUGACCUGUGCCGCAUGUUCCGGAAGCAUUACUGAUGCUCUCAUGGCUGUGGACGGCAUUCAUGAUGCUUCAGUAUCGCUCUUGACGAGUUCUGCUGAGAUAUCUCACUCUCUGGCCGUUUCCACGGACCAAAUCAUCUCCACCAUUGAAGACUGUGGAUUCGAUGCGGUACUUGAGUCUACACUGGGGCUGCAGCUGAGAACACUCCAUACCAAUUUUAUCGUCAAGGGAAUGACGUGUGGUGCGUGUCUGGCCUCGGUGACUGAAGCUUUGGAAAAAAUUCCUGGUGUUAUUCAGGCAUCGGUGUCUCAAAUCACCCUGUCGGCUGCAGUCGACCAUGAUUCUACUGCUCUGCCCGAGCAACUUCGGGAAGUAAUUGAGGACUGUGGUUUCGAAGCUUCCAUUGUUAAAUCUGCACUUGUUUCUGUUUCCCAGGAAGAUUCCAAUCAAGAUCUCGUUUUCCAAGUGUACGGAAUCGAUGAGUCCACUGAGCUUUCAUCCUUCCAGUACAACGUCGAAGCUGUGCUUAAUAGUUUAGCUGGUGUUGAUGAAUCGCAUUUUGUUUUCAAAGGAGAAUUGGAUGGCCAAGACCUUUCAGAAUCCUCUUAUGCUGACUUUCAGCGUGAAAGUCUUAUUGACGAGCUUCAUGUUACACUUAAUACCAAUUUGACCGGUAUCCGGUCACUUGUGGAUGCUUUGAAUGCAAUUGACUCGCGUUACCAAUUUGUCAUUCUUAAUUCUGUUGAUCAGUCUCUUACUUCCCAAUUGAAGUUGCUCUCCAAAACAAAGGAUAUUCAGUAUUGGCGGUCAACUUUCUUUGGUUCGCUCAUAUUCGGCAUUCCUGUUCUAGUACUCUCGUUGACCGAUCAUACUAAAUUCUGGAGAAAUCUCACCAUCAUGCAUGGCCUUUACUGGGUUUCUGUUCUUGAAUUUGCAUUGACGACUCAUAUCUUGUUCAACCUUGGCUCGGUAUUCUUCAAAAAGUUUGGUGUUUUUCUUCGUCAUAAAGGAAAAAACGCAAAUAUGGAUGUUUUGGUCUGCAUUUCUAGUCUGAUUUCGUAUACAUUUUCUGUAUACUCCAUCUUCCUCAGUGUUUGGACUGGCCAGACAUUGAAACCUCCAAAGGUAUUAUUUGAAACGGUUGCCAUGCUCGUCUCUUUUGUUUCAUUUGGCAAAUGGAUUGAAAACAAAGCCAAGGGGGCCACUUCUACAGCAUUGUCCAGACUCAUGCAGUUGACUCCCACCACAUGCCUGAUUGUUGUUGAUGAGACAAAAUUCGACGCCUUGAUGAAGUCCCAAAUGAACGAAAAGACUGCUUCCAUUCUGGAGCUUCAAACGAGAGACAUCGUUAUUGACUUGUUACAGACUGAUGAUAUUGCCGUCGUUUUGCCAGGAGGAAAGAUUCCAGCAGAUGGAAUUAUCGAGUAUGGAAGCACUGAAGUUGAUGAGUCCAUUAUCACUGGAGAAUCCUUGCCUGUUUCCAAGUCUACUGGUGAUGCCGUUAUCGGCGGUUCCAUUAAUGGGCCACAUUUAAUUUACAUGAGGGUAACUGGAGCCGGCAAGAAUUCUCAAUUGCAUCAAAUUAUUGACAUUGUAAAGAAUUCGCAGGUCAAGAAAGCUCCUGUCCAGAGAUUUGCUGACUACAUUGCUGCAAGAUUUGUUGCAGCUGUUUUAAUCUUAUCUUUGCUUACCCUCAUUGUUUGGGUGGCUAUUUGUCUGCAUGUUCUUGAGGAAAUGCUUCCAAGGGCUUUCCAGAAAGAAGAAAACGGUAAGUACUUUGUGUGCUUAAAAUUGGCUAUCUCGGUUGUUGUUGUUGCUUGCCCAUGUGCUUUGGGAUUGGCAGCACCAACUGCAGUUAUGGUUGGUACUGGUGUGGGUGCUCAACAUGGAGCAUUAAUCAAGGGCGGUGACAUUUUAGAGAAGGCAAGUGGUGUUAAUGUGAUCUUAUUUGAUAAGACAGGUACCUUGACGACAGGUGACAUGAGUGUGGUUAACUUCAAAAACAUAGAAGGCAGUAAAAUCUCUAAUGAAGUUUGGUGGAACUUGAUUGGAUCAACUGAGGUUAACUCUGAGCAUCCAACUGGACGGGCAUUGGUAAAGUUUUCAAAGGAGCAUCUUGGCUUAAGGUUUGAAGACGAUACUUUCGAUUCACGGAUAAGCGAUUUUGAAGUCUUAAUGGGUUUGGGUGUCAAGGCAAAUGUCGCAAUCAAUAAUACUACUUAUCGUGUGUGCAUUGGAAACACAAAGAUGGUUGUCAAGGAAUACCCAGGGGCUCGUUCCGCUUUGUCAAUUGAACUUGCGAACGGUUUGUCUAAAUCAAAUCUGACUGUUGUGCAUGUCAUAAUUGAUGAAAAAUACUGUGGAUUCUUGGAACUCUCCGACACCAUUAAGCCCAAUGCACGUGAGGUCAUUGAUUACUUACAACGUGUCGAACAUUACCAAGUUGGAAUUGUCACUGGAGACAAUAAAGCCGUUGCAGAAACGAUCGGAGCAAAGUUGGGAGUACCCAAGGGGAAUAUCUUCAGUGAAGUGUCACCUGUGGACAAAGACAAGGUUAUAGUAGAUAUGAGACAAAGAUAUGGAGGUGAAGAGAAUAUAUCCAUUGCCUUUGUUGGAGAUGGUAUUAACGACGCCCCAGCCUUGGUGCAGGCAGACAUUGGCAUGGCCAUUAGCACGGGAACGGAUAUCGCUAUUGAUUCUGCUGAAGUCGUGCUAAUGAGCUCAUCCAGUGGCCACAAGAAUGACUUAGCAGGUGUUAUUACUGCCCUCCAGGUCUCGGCAGCUACAUUCCGCAAGAUCAAAUGGAAUUUUGUGUGUGCAACUGUCUACAAUUUAGUUAUGAUGCCUUUUGCUAUGGGAUGUUUCCUUCCGUUUGACUUGAUGAUUUCUCCACCUUUGGCUGCGGCAACUAUGGCAUGCAGUUCUGUGAGUGUUGUUGUUAACUCGUUGAUGUUGAAGAACUGGAAUCAGCCUAACAUUGUGGGUGCUCUGCAAACUCUCGGUUUCCACGAAGAGGAAGUUGGAGAGAGACAAUUCUCAUUGAAGAAUGGAACGCUAGCAGAGUUUAAUGGCAUCAAGAGAGGAAGUUUUUCAAGGCGGCUCAGGAAAUUUGGUGUUCCAUCAGUCUUCAAACGGAAAGUCCAGGUGAGAGGAGCAAGUCCAGAGUAUGAGAUGUUGGCGUCAGGUUCACCAUAA